AGCUUAAGGUUCCUCUUGUAGUCAUAUGACCGUCAGACUGACACCAUGCUUUGCUUGUUGUUCUUUUAUCUGUUUACACUGUCUGGUGUUUUUGCCGGACGAUAUAUUAAUGAACCGUGUUUUAAACCGCUACCGAGAAGAAGUCAACUGGGCGUCAAGACUGUUCCACGUCCUCAUGAAUAUGUGAAUGUUGCGGAGCUGCCAAAAGCCUGGGACUGGAGAAAUGUCAAUGGCACCAACUUUGUCAGUACAACUCGCAAUCAGCACAUCCCCCAGUACUGUGGGUCAUGUUGGGCUCAUGGUAGCACAAGUGCACUUGCAGAUCGCAUUAACAUCAAGCGGCAGGGAGCAUGGCCUUCUGCAUAUCUCUCUGUCCAGAAUGUUAUCGAUUGUGGGCAGGCUGGGUCCUGCCAUGGUGGCGAUCAUGCAGGUGUGUGGGAUUAUGCCAACCGCCAUGGCAUACCUGAUGAAACGUGCAACAACUACCAGGCAAAAGACCAAACAUGCAAACCAUUUAAUGAAUGUGGCACAUGCACUACGUUUGGCCAGUGCAAUGUUGUGAAGAAUUACACUCUCUGGAAGGUUGGAGACUACGGGUCCAUCAGUGGCCUGGAGAAGAUGAAAGCUGAGAUUUAUGCUGCGGGGCCAAUCAGUUGUGGAAUAAUGGCUACUGACACACUGGAUGCAUACACUGGGGGUAUAUACUCUGAAUAUGUACAGGAUCCCUUUAUUAACCACAUUGUGUCUGUGGCUGGUUGGGGUGUUGACGAGAAUGGAGUGGAGUAUUGGAUUGUCCGUAACUCAUGGGGUGAGCCAUGGGGUGAGAAGGGCUGGUUAAGGAUAGUGACUAGUGCUUAUAAAGGUGGCAGUGGGAGCCAUUAUAACCUGGCACUUGAAGAAGACUGCAUGUAUGGGGACGCUGUUUUGCCAGAAGGGUACAUAUAAUGACCCUGAAUACACACUGCCUGCAGUACUGGAGCUGUUGCCUAAAUCUACUAAAGAAUUUCAAUUGAUUUUGACUGUUUCUGUGUAUCCAUUGUCGUUUCUGCAAACAAUUAUAGAAUACGUUGUUUUUAUAAACCUUGGAAAUCAUAUGCUCUAUUUUUUUAAUGCAAUUUUUUACCACUUCUUUACCACUGUAGAACACUGCAUGUUCAGCAAGGUCCUGAAAAGUGAGAUAGUAAAUAAAAAUGCACUAAAUACACAA